AAAAGUCCCCUCUCUGAGAACACAAGGGAGACCCUGGCCCAGUGCUGCCCGAGGCCACAGGAAUCUGAAACGUCAGGCACUUGCAGAUCACUCCAGAAUCUCAGAGGGGUGCCUUCUGCUUGCUUCUUGUCUCUGAGUGGCUACAACAUGGCUCAUCUGGGGAAGACCUUGAGCUCCUGACAAACCUGCGAUUUCUGAGCAGGACAAUCGGGACAGAGGCCUGUGCCUUUAAGAAGCUAGGCGAGGUCACUGUUAAUCAUAUAACUUCAUUGUGCUCCCGGGCUGUAAAGGAAACGUCCUCCUUGCUCUGAAUGUCUGUUUUAUGACAUCCAUGAACAGUGAGCUGCCGGUGACCAUUCCCUGCAUUAGAACGUCCUGCCCGGCUGGUUCAAGGGCGACUGCAGGGUCCAGGAGAGCGAUGGUGGACGGGAGAGAGAGAAGAAUUAACCCAGAGCGUGCUGGCGCAGGUGGCAGAGCAGUUCUCCAGAGCGUUUAAAAUCAACGAACUGAAAGCUGAAGUCACAAACCACCUGGCCAUGCUGGAGAAGCGAGUGGAACGUGAGUGGGUUGUUUCCUUUCUGCUUCUGUCUUUUAACCUCCGUUACAGUCAGCCACUUGGACGGACGGGGACGAGUAACCUCUUGCUGUGUCUCUUUGUCCCAGUGGAAGGACUGAAAGUGGUGGAGAUUGAGAAAUGCAAGAGUGACAUCAGAAAGAUGAGGGAGGAACUGGCAGCCAGAAACAGCAGGACCAGCUGUCCCUGUAAGUAUAGCUUUUUGGAUAACAACAAGAAGCUGGCUCCUCGAAGAGAUGUCCCCACCUACCCCAAGUACCUGCUGUCUCCAGAGACCAUCGACGCCCUGCGGAAGCCCACCUUUGACGUCUGGCUUUGGGAGCCCAACGAGAUGCUAAGCUGCUUGGAGCACAUGUACCAUGAUCUUGGCCUGGUGAGGGACUUCAGCAUCCACCCCAUCACGCUCAGGAGGUGGCUGCUCUGUGUGCAGGAAAACUACAGAGACAACCCCUUCCAUAACUUCCGCCACUGCUUCUGCGUGACCCAGAUGAUGUACAGCAUGAUCUGGCUCUGUGGGCUCCAGGAGAAGUUCUCCCAAAUGGAUAUCAUGGUCCUGGUGACGGCGGCCAUCUGCCACGAUCUGGAUCACCCAGGGUACAACAACACGUACCAGAUCAAUGCCCGCACUGAGCUGGCCGUCCGCUACAAUGACAUCUCGCCCCUGGAGAACCACCACUGUGCCGUGGCCUUCCAGAUCCUGGCCCAGCCGGAGUGCAACAUUUUCUCGAACGUGCCUGCGGACGGGUUCAAGCAGAUCAGACAGGGGAUGAUCACGCUGAUCCUGGCCACUGACAUGGCAAGGCACGAAGAAAUUAUGGACUCGUUCAAAGAAAAAAUGGAGAACUUCGACUACAGCAACGAGGAGCACAUGACCCUGCUGAAGAUGAUCCUGAUCAAGUGCUGCGAUAUCUCUAACGAGGUGCGGCCCACAGAGGUGGCGGAGCCUUGGGUGGACUGUUUGUUAGAAGAGUAUUUUAUGCAGAGCGACCGCGAGAAGGCAGAAGGCCUCCCUGUGGCCCCGUUCAUGGACCGAGACAAGGUGACCAAAGCUACAGCCCAGACCGGGUUCAUCAAGUUCGUCCUGAUCCCCAUGUUCGAAACCGUGACCAAGCUGUUCCCCGUGGUUAAGGAGGCCAUGCUGCAGCCCCUCUGGGAGUCCCGAGACCGCUACGAGGAGCUGAAGCAGCUAGAUGACGCCGUGACGGAGUUACAGAAGAAGACUGACAGCCUGACCCCAGGGAGCACGGAACAGCGCAGAGAGAAGAGCAGAGAUGUGCAAGAAAGUGGAGACUCACCAGGACUCCUUUCCUUUUUCAAGCAGACAGUAACUGAAGGAAGCAGAAGGGCUGCGGUACUGUGCAGCGGACAGAGCUCCACAGACGCCUGUGCAGGGCCGCGCCCUGCGUCCAACACCUCCGGGCCACGUUUUCUAAGAACCAUUUUACAUUUUGUUCACUGAUCAAAAAAAAGAAAAAAGAAAAAGAAACCAGAAUUCAUGAUGCUGUACAGAAUUUUUAUUUUUAAACUGUCUUUUAAAUAAUAUAUUCUUAUACAGAAAUGGGUACUGUACUUUUUCUUUGGUAGAUUUGUGUAUCCCAGGGCUGCUUCACAAGUGUUCACACAGAGACAAAGGAUGCUGCUUUUUCAACAGAUGUAUCUUAGACCAACUGAUCAGUGUGAUGCAAACGUCCGUGUAAAUCCUGCAUUAAAUGUCAGAAUGGCGCCCCAGCGUGGGGAUGUGCGCAUGUCCUGUAUUCCCAAGCAGAGGGGCGUGGACGCCAUGUGGGCGCAGCAGGGCCUGGCGCAGGCUGUGUGGAAGUGACCAGGUGGGAGGCGGCUACACACCUGCCCUCGGGACAGCAAAGCCUGAUCUCACUCACAGGGGA